AUGGUGUUAACGGACUUUUUCAACACUUUGUCGACUUUUGUAACUUUCAUCAUAUUAUCAUUAUUUAUACCAAUAAAUAGYCAGCGAUUGUCGUCAAACACAAGCAAUUCUUCGACGACUAAUGUAUUGGACUUUUCCCAGAGUUUGAUCGCAAACAUUCAGUCCAAUGGUUUGCGAGGAUAUGUAUUGUUUGUGGAGAACAACGGAUUUACUUCAAUUCGGGCCAAUAUUUUGGGAUCAAAUGACAAACAAUCAUUUGAUUGGAAAGUCUAUGGAAGCUCUGUUGGCAUGUCUGGCGAAACAGGCUGUCCAUCGACCAGUACAUCAUCCAUGAGCUUAGAUCUGACCACUCUGUUGGGUCCAUUAGAAAUUGGUCGCGAAAACAUAUUAUCGGCCAGAUUUCAAUCAAUUACCGGAGAUAACACUCUGAUUGGCAAAACACUAGUUUUGCGAAAUCUGAAAACCGGAUCAAUUUCUUGUGCUAUAAUACUGCCGUUUGGCUCUAAAAAGAUAUUUGAGGCCAAAUUUUAUUCACCAAUUGAAGGCUCAGUUUACUUAAUUCAAUGCAAUAAUAUAACGGGUCUUAUGUCGAGUCUAUCGUAUUCAACACAAGUAAAGAAAUCGUCUGCAAAUAAGUGGACACUAAUGGCUGGUCUCGACUCAGAUGCAACUGAUAAAGCAAAGACUGACCAUCGACUUAAUAAUUGCAACUCAUUUCUUGGCCGCCCUUUCUUUAAAGAUAUGUUAACUCCCGGAACAAUAAAUAUAGGAUCGGAUCCUUUUUCAAGUAAUGGCAAUACAUUUAAAAAUAUUGAGAGUUUAUUAUCAAUUGAUUUGGUUUCUGUCGUCUAUUUAAUUAUAUAUUCCGAUGAAAAUUCGGGUAAAAUAUUAAGUUGUGCUCCCAUUGAGAGAGUGCAUACCCGCACAGCUUCGGCUAAAUUUAAUUAUCCAAUGCUUAAGGGAUCGGUUGAGUUGAGUCAAGAAACACCUUUUGAUCCAACUAUUGUUGAAAUCAAUAUUGAACUCUUCAGAAACGCUUACAGCUAUGGAAUCGACGAAUUACCCAAAAUUGUCAGAAGCAAAGAACUGUCUAAUAAAGACUGUCCAAACAUUAAUAGUAUUAUCUUUAAUCCGCGUAAUAUCGAUCCCGACUCUGUUCCCACUGAAGGAUUAGGAACUACAGAUCAGUAUGCAGUCGGAGAUUUGAGCGGUAAAUACGGAAAUUUGGCCGACAAAACAACAGAAGUGGUGACGUUAACUGAUUUUAAUUUACCUCUCUUUGGUCGCGACUCUGUCAUCGGCAGAGCACUUGUUUUUUAUAGUCCCGAAGGAACCACAAUUGGCUGUUCCAACAUUGAGAUCAAUGGUGUCAAUAUGACGACAGCAUUUGCCACAUUUGAUCACCCAAUUCAGGGACAGUUCAUAUUUAGACAGCCAUCGGAUAAUUGUAGUGCUGAUACGUAUGUCUACAUUGAAAUUUCCAAACCGGGUGACGACAAUGCCACCAAAACGUCUAACCAUCCCUGGAAGCUACAUAUUAAUCAAAUUAGUCCAGGUAAUAUGAAUUGGAGUACAUCUGAGUGUAGAACUAGCGGUGAUAUCUUCAAUCCAUAUAAUGUAUCAGCAAAUUGUGUCUAUGAAAGGGAUUGUACUCAAACCACUCCAUACCGGUGCCAAUUGGGUGACAUGUCGUCAAAAUUGGGUUUUAUAGACAUUCCUCCUUAUAAAGUAACCGAAGAAGGAGAGCUCGAUAUCGGGAAAUAUUUUUUUACUGAUAUGUUUUUACCACUUUGUGGACCCAAUAAUAUAAUCAGUAGAUCUGUUAUUGUCUACAAACAAGACUACUCAUCCAAUCAGCUCAGUUGUGCCAAUAUUAUUGAAUAUAAACCCAAACUAAGAUCCAGACAAUAA